AUGGGGUUAUUGAGAUUCUAUCUUAAAACCCUACGCCCUAUUUUAGGGUUUCACUCAGCGCAGGGAGCGGCUGCGGCUCGGCGCUUUGCUGCUGCUCAAAUGCUCGCGUCGCCGCAGCUGCGGGCCUUCAAUGACAUAAGAAUUCGAUUUGUCUCGGGAGCGGGGAGAGAUGCGGCGGCAGCAUCAGGAAUCGAUGUCACGGCCAGGCUGUGCUGCGAUCAGCGCGGCUCGUUUGUGGAGUUUGUGGGGCAUUUUUCAGAGGGGGAUGAAGCUCCAGCUCCUUUCCAGGAGCAAUUUUACUUGCAGCGCUGUCAGAUUUUUAGAAUAGGCCCAUCGACUCAGCUUUGGAUUGUGAAUACUGUCGAGGAUGAAGCAAACAAGGCUGUGUAUCCUAGAACGUUUACCGCGGAAUUCAAGUCAGAAGAGUCGAGCGACACAUUUUUUGAUGCGAUCCACAGCCCGAAUAAAGCAAUGAAACUGCCUAAUGGCUCUACAGAAGUCGCGAAGGAUUCCAGUAAGUUUGAUAAGAAGAUCGAAGCGUCGUCUGCCAAGAUGUAUUUCCACUACUAUGGACAACUCCUCCAUCAACAAAAUAUGUUACAGGACUACGUGAGAACAGGCACUUAUUAUGCCGCUGUGGUGGAGAAUCGUGCGGACUUUCAGGGCCGAGUUGUGGUUGAUGUCGGCGCUGGAAGUGGCAUAUUAUCUCUGUUUGCUGCUCAGGCUGGUGCGAAGCAUGUCUACGCAGUAGAGGCUUCAUCCAUGGCAGAUUAUGCACGAAAACUGAUUGCUGGCAACCAUGUGUUAUCUCAGCGCAUAACAGUAAUUCACGGUAAAGUGGAAGAUGUCGAACUUCCGGAAAAAGCAGAUGUUCUUAUUUCCGAGCCCAUGGGAACUUUGCUUGUAAACGAGCGAAUGCUAGAGUCGUAUAUCAUCGCUAGAGACCGGUUUUUGGUCCCUGGCGGGAAAAUGUUUCCUGGUCUUGGGAGAAUCCACAUGGCUCCCUUCAGCGAUGAAUACCUUUUCGUCGAGAUUGCUAAUAAGGCACUGUUUUGGCAACAACAGAGCUACUACGGUGUAGACCUGACCCCUUUGCAUAAUGCCGCAUUUCAAGGCUAUUUUUCUCAGCCCGUAGUUGAUGCAUUUGAUCCACGACUUCUCGUUGCGCCUCCAGCCAUGCAUUCUCUUGAUCUGACUUCCAUGAAGGAAGAAGAUUUGUACGACAUUGUCAUUCCUUUAACCUUUACAGCAACAAUGGCUGCAAGAGUUCACGGCAUAGCCUGCUGGUUUGACGUCCUCUUCAAUGGAAGUACUAUCCCGAGAUGGCUGACAACGGCCCCUGGAGCACCAACGACGCAUUGGUAUCAACUGAGGCUUGUGCUCUCUCAACCUUUGUACGUUAUGGCCGGACAGACAAUCACAACGCGGUUGCAUUUGUCGGCGCACAGUGCUCAGAGCUAUACAAUAAAUCUCAGCAUGUCAACCACAUCAUGGGGAGCCGGGGCUGGCCAAGGUGCAACCAUCCAGAGCUCUUCUGGAAAGUUUGAUCUCAAGGAACCAUACUAUAGAAUGUCCCAAAUGCCAGCUUAUACGUGGACUCAAGAACAACAGUUGCAAGAUGGAGCGGGGGUCUCACUUCAAGGAGCACAAAUGUCACCUUACGGAGCGUAAUCACCGCCAAGCUUGUAGCUUGUGGACAAUAAUGACAGCGAUUGAUUAACCGCGGCUGGUUUCUCCUUGCCGCCGGCCUUGACCACUCACAAAUGCUAGACUCUACUAUUUUUC